AUGUGGCUUGGACUUCUCGAAUCGGGAGGCCCUCACUUUACAUUUAAGGUUACACUCCGGCGACAGGACACUGGUGACCGAUCUGUGCGGAUUAGCGGCGGCCUUCCAGCAGACUCCAGGGCACUUCCUGACGCCCAACACCACUGGCACUCAUCAGGUAGACGUCAGAUGCUAAUGAGAGCUCCACGACAACGUCGCAUAACAUUAAAAAUUAAGUAUUUACAGAUGAAUGGACCGAUCGGUACCCCCGGCGUCAGUCACAUGCACGGUGCUACGCAGACCUCACCGCCAGUGGGGACAGGACCGAAACCGAAACCUCAUCUCUGUCCGGACUGUGGACGCGGUUUCGCUCAGAAGCAUGGCCUUUCGCAGCAUCAGCGGCGUCAUACGGACGGCAGUUGUCACAUACGAUCACAUGUAUGUGAUAAAUGUGGCAAAGCAUUCUUCCAAAAGAAUCAUCUGCUCCUCCAUCAACGUCAGCACAUGGACCCGCCACCGAGUAUACUACGGCAACAGCAGAGGCAGGCGGCUCAGGCAGCAGCCCAGCAGCAACAGCAGCAGGCCCAGCAACAACAACAACAGCAGGUGCAACAGCAACAGGUGCAACAGCAACAGGUGCAACAGCAACAGCAAGUGCAACAGCAGUCGCAAGUACAGCAGCCUCAGCAGCAGACGUGUACUGUGGACACGAAAGCAAUACAGCUGCAGGCAAUACAGCAGCAGGUCCAACAACAAGUCCAGCAGCAAAAUCAAGUAUGA